CAGCAGUUACCCGGAGGAGAAGUCGACUCUUGGCGUCUUCCUGUUAUGCUUAUCAGGAAAAACGACACAGCAGACCGGGAUCUGUUCGUGAGAAAUGGCCUCGAAAACUAUAAGGACUUUGGCUGAAACAUUGGAGAACCUGUCGAAGAGAAACUUUGAGGAUUUCUGCUUCACGCUACUGGACCGAGAAGAAGAGCCGCGGGUCAGACGCUCCUCGGUGGAGGGGAGAAGCAGGUUGGAAGUCGCAGAGGAGCUGGUUUCAACUUUUACCGAAGCCGGAGCUGUUCAAGUGGCUGUGGAGAUACUGAGAGAGAUAGAUUGCAACGAGGAUGCAGAACUACUCGCUGCAAGACCCUCAGCUGGAGCAAGACCUUUUGAUACCACAGCAGACGAUUUCUUUUUAAGACAUAGAGUCCAGCUGAUCCAGAGAGUGAGCAACAUUCAACUCAUUUUGGACGAUCUUCUUGACAGACGUGUCCUCAGUGAUGAAGAAUAUGAGAAAAUCAGUGCUCUGCCUACCUCUCAGGAAAAGAUGAGGCUGCUCUUAUAUUCUUGCCAAAGUAAAGGUUCAGCUGUCGAAAACAUCUUGUACAGAAUCCUUGAGAUGCAUGAGCCAUUCCUAAUUGCUGACUUCAAAGUGGAAGAAAAAAGGAAGUACGAGAACGUCAUAGAUACAGUAGAAACAAUGACGACGAAAAAGGUGCUGACUGAAACUUUGAAUGAUUUGAGUUCAGAGGAGCUUCAGGAAUUCAAGUCACUCAUUGAAUAUGAGAAAGAUUUCCCAUCCAUCUCAAGAAGUCGACUGAAAGCAGCCAACAAGGCAGACAUAGUGGAGCUGCUGGUGGAGACGAACAGUGCAGAGUGUGUGGAGUUGACCAAAAGGGUUUUAAAGAAGAUGAAGAGGACUGAUCUGGAGCAGAGAUUAUCAGACAUCUGCCCAGGAACCAAAGAGAAACAGCAGCCUCCGCUGAUCCAAAGAGUGGAAGCGAUGGCGUCUGUCAUUGAGCUGCUUUUGGAAACAUUGAAAGAUUUGACUGACCGGGAGCUUAAAGAGUUCAAGGAUGACCUCCAGCGUCAGAUUCUCUUUGACAGACGUUUCUCAGAUUUCUCAUGCAGUCUGCCACAGACAGCAGACAGGCAGGACAUGGUGUUUUCACUGGUACUGACCUACGGCCAACAGUCUGUGGAGACGACCAGGAACGCUUUAAGGAAGAUGAACAGGAUUGAUUUGGUGCAGAAGUUGUCAGACAGCAGCUCAGGACCCAAAAAGAAACACUCUUUGGAUGAACACCUGUCUGCACUGAUCCACAAAGUGGCAACAAUGGCGGCUGUGAAAGAGCUGCUUUCAGAAACACUCAGUGAUUUGAGUUCAGUGGAGUUUCAAACAUUCAAGUGGUUGCUGCAGUUCACGUUCUUCCAGAGGAGCCUUCCUCUUAUGUCACUGGCAGAACAGCUGGAUCUAAGAGGGGCAGGACAACUGGUAGAUGUAAUGGUGGACAAGUGCUGUCAGCAGUCUGUGGAGGUGGUGAAGGAGGUUUUCAUGAACAUGAACAGGACUGAUCUGGUCCAAAGGCUGCCAGAGACCAGCUCAGGACAUGAAGCUGCAGGAUCAUCAGCUGAAGAUUUUGUUGUGAAAACUGCAGAGGGAGAGAAACACAGUUUGGAUGAACAUUGGCCUGCACUGAUCCAGAAAGUGGACACUAUGGCGUCUGUCAUAGAGCUGCUUUUGGAAACACUGGCUGCUUUGAGAGAAGAUGAGCUCGAGAAUUUCAAGUUGAUCCUCUCGCAAGAAACUGACCUCACAGAACGCAUCUCAUCCAGUUCAUUGAUGCUGCUGGAGAUAAUGCACAUGCAGGACAUGGUGUUUUUACUGGUGCAGACUGAAGGACAACAGUCUGUGGAGACGACCAAGAAGGUUUUAAAGAAGAUGAAGAGGACUGAUCUGGUGCAGAGGUUGUCAGACAGGAGCUCACCACCCAAAGAGAAACACUCCGAUGAACAUCGACCUGCACUGAUCCAGGGAGUAGCAACAAUGUCAGCUGUUAAACAGCUGCUUUUGGAAACUCUGAAUGAUUUGAGUGACAAAGACCUCGAGAAAUUCGAGUGGAUCCUGGAGGAGACUGCCAAAUGGAAGGAACUUCCAUUCACCAUGUCAUCAAUAAGACUCACCAGAGAAAGGGAAGGAUUAGUCGAUCAGAUGUUGGAGAACUUUGGUCAACGGUCUAUUGACUUAACCAGGGAGGCUGUAAGGAAAAUGAACAGGAUUGAUCUGAUGCAGAGGCUGUCAGAGCCCAGCUCAGGACUCAAAGAGAAACCGUCUGUGGAUGAACAUCGACCUGCAGUGAUGAAGAGAGCAGCUGUGAAACAUGUUCUUUGGAAAUCACUGAAGGAUUUCAGUCAAGAGGAGUUUGAGAAAUUCAAGUAUUUGCUGCAGUUCACGUACUUCCAGAAGGGGCUUCCACGCAUCUCAUUGAGACGACUGUACUGGGCAGAGAGUGCAGGGGAACUGGUGGAUGUGAUGGUGGAGAACCAGCAGCCGAUGGAGGUGACCAAAGAGGUUUUCAUGGACAUGAACAGGCCUGAUCUGGUAGAGAGGCUGUCAGAGACCAGCUCAGGACUCAAAGAUAAACAGCAGCUUCCACUGAUCCAAAGAGUGGAAGCGAUGGCGUCUGUCAUUGAGCUGCUUUUGGAAACAUUGAAAGAUUUGACUGACUGGGAGCUUAAAGAGUUCAAGAAUGUCUUCCAGCAUCAGAAUCCCUUUCACAGACGUUUCUCAGAUUUCUCAUUGAGUCUGCCACAGACAGCAGACAGGCAGGUCAUGGUGUUUUCACUGGUGCUGACCUACGGCCAACAGUCUGUGGAGACGACCACGAACGUUUUAAGGAAGAUGAACAGGAUUGAUUUGGUGCAGAAGUUGUCAGACAGCAGCUCAGGACCCAAAAAGAAACACUCUUUGGAUGAACACCUGUCUGCACUGAUCCACAAAGUGGCAACAAUGGCGGCUGUGAAAGAGCUGCUUUCAGAAACACUCAGUGAUUUGAGUUACGAGGAGCUUCAAACAUUCAAGUGGUUGCUGCAGUUCACGUUCUUCCAGAGGAGCCUUCCUCUCUUCUCACAGAGACAACUGCCAGUGGAAAGUGAGGUAGAAGAUCUGGUAGAUUUAAUGGUGGACAAGUGCGGUCAGCAGUCUGUAGAGGUGAUGAAGGAGGUUUUCAUGAACAUGAACAGGACUGAUCUGGUCCAAAGGCUGCCAGAGACCAGCUCAGGACACGAAGCUGCAGGAUCAUCAGCUGAAGAUUUUGGUGUGAAUACUGCAGAGGGAGACAAACACCAUGUGGAUGAACAUUGGCCUGCACUGAUCCAGAAAGUGGACACUAUGGCGUCUGUCAUAGAGCUGCUUUUGGAAACACUGGCUGCUUUGAGAGAAGAUGAGCUCGAGAAUUUCCAGUUGGUCCUCUCACAAGAAACUGACUUCACAGAAUGCAUCUCAUCCAGUUCAUUGAUGCUGCUGGAGAUAAUGCACAUGCAGGACAUGGUGUUUUUACUGGUGCAGACUGAAGGACAACAGUCUGUGGAGACGACCAAGAAGGUUUUAAAGAAGAUGGAGAGGACUGAUCUGGUGCAGAGGUUGUCAGACAGGAGCUCACCACCCAAAGAGAAACACUUAGAUGGACAUCGACCUGCAAUGAUCCAGAGGGUAGCAACAAUGUCAGCUGUAAAACAGCUGCUUUUGGAAACUCUGAAUGAUUUGAGUGACGAAGAGCUCAAGAAAUUCAUGAGGAUCCUGAUAGAGACUGCCUCCCAGAAGAAACUUCCAGUCAGCAUGUCAUCAAAGAGAGCAGAAUUUGUGGAUCUGAUGGUGCAGACCUACGGCAAACAGUCUUUUGACUUAACCAUGGAGGUUGUAAAGAAAAUGAAGAGGAAUGAUCUGAUGCAGAGGCUGUCAGAGCCCAGCUCAGGACUCAAAGAGAACCCCUCUGUGGAUGAACAUCGACCUGCAGUGACGAAGAGAGCAGCUGUGAAACAGGUUCUUUUGAAAUCACUGGAGGAUUUCACUCAAGAGGAGUUUGAAAGAUUUAAGUAUUUGCUGCAGUUCACGUACUUCCAGAAGGGGCUUCUACUCAUCCAAUGGAGUCAACUGGACUGGGCAAAGAGUGCAGGCCAACUGGUGCGUCUGAUGUUGGAGAACCAGCAGCCGAUGGAGGUGACCAAAGAGGUUUUCAUGGACAUGAACAGGCCUGAUCUGGUAGAGAGGCUGUCAGAGACCAGCUCAGGACUCAAAGAGAAAGUCUACCAGUCUGGACUGCUCCAGAAAAUUUUGGAAACACUGGAGGAUUUAAAUUACGAGGAGCUUGUGAAAUUCAAGCGGCUCCUGCAGCAAACUGAAAUGGAGAAAGGCUUCCCAAGAAUCCCAAGGCACCGAAUGAAGAAAGCAGAGGGAGGUGAAGUAGCAGAGCUGAUGGUGGAGACCUACGGCCAGCAGUCUGUGGAGGUGACCAGGGAGGUUUUAGAGGAGAUGAACAGGAGAGAUCUGGUGCAGAGGUUCUCUGAAAUCACCUUAGGAUCUGAAGGGCCUUCAGGAAGCUUGGAGGCUGAGGGUUGUGGCAGCACGAUGCAGGUCUCCAGUGACUGGACUAAACUUGACCCUGAAGUGAACAGUACAGACGAGGCUCCAACUUACAGCCUACAGUCUGAAGCAGGAAACUUUGAAUGCAGCGUCUCUGGCUUGCGCUGGGUCUGUAUGGAAAAGGUCAGCUUGAAGUUCCAGUUCUGCUCUUCGAAGUAUCACAUGGAGAAGAUUGAAAGCAUACAGUACAUGCCUGCAGGGCCCCUUAUGGACAUCACAGUCAUUGCUGGGAAGUUAGAUGUUGUGUACCUGCCUCACUGGAUCUGCAUCGAUGACAACCCUACAAUAUUAGACAAGUUUGCAGUCCUGCACAUAGAUGACUGUGGAGUUACUGUGGAAAAAGUGUCUGAGGUCACAUCGUCCCAUGUCAAGCUGUGUGAGACGACUUUCUCUCUGAAAAUGGUCCUGGUCAAACUUGGCUUUUCAGUGGAAAUAAACUGCAAGGUGUUCGUAUACAAGACCAACAGACCAUUCCUCAAACUCCAUGUUUACCUGAUCCCACCUGACCCUGCUCUGAAAGAGGAAUUGGACAAGAAGAGAAAAUCCUUCGGAUAUGAAGAAAUCCCAAUGCAACAUCCAAAGAAGCCUCUGAAGAUGAAUGAUUGGUUCAUCCUUACAGCACACUUGGAUGGCAAAGAAAUAGCUUCUGAUACAUUACAGCUCAUAUAUGAAAGCAUGGAGCCCAACUUCUAUGAAUUGUAUAUUCAGAAUCCAGACAAAGACUUGGAACUCCAGCUGAAACGGGAAAAUGAGCUUCCUGUAUGGACUCGUAAAAUCCUAAAAGAAGCAUACCAAAGCACAAGUCCCGUACAAGCCUCAGGAGAGCACUUUGUGGAUAAACAUCGAGUGGAACUGAUCGAGAGAGUGAGCAACCUUUCAGCCAUUUUGGAUGAUCUCCUCCACAAAAAAGUCUUCCAACAAGGGGUUUAUGCAGAAAUCCGUGCGAUACCUACAGAUGAGGACAAGAUGAGGGCGCUCUACUCUGGUCCCCUGAAAGCCGGUGAAAUCUGCAAAGACAUUUUCUACAAAAUCCUCGUGAAAAAUGUGCCACUUCUCAUUCAGGAGCUUGAGAAGUGAAUGAUGUAGUGGAAUCCUUUUUGGUGACGCUAUAACAUUCAUUCAUUCAUUCAUUCAUUCAUUCAUUAUCCUUAACCGCUUAUCGGCACUAGGCUGAAGCCGAUCCCAGCUGACAUUGGGCGAGAGGCGAGGUGCCCCCUGGACAGGACACCAAACUAUCACAGGACUGACACAAUAGCCCCUUUCAGAGUGUCGUUUGAUGCCGGGACAUUUACGGCUCUGUAACGUCUCACCUCCACUAUGAACGUGCCAGAAGCAGGAUGCCGGGAUCAAAUGAUCCCACCAAUUUUCCGCCUCCAGAGGUAGCCACAGAGGCGGAAAAUUGGUGGGACUGUUGGAAUUGUAAACAAACCGGCAUGCUAACUGUACACAUGGUGUCCACCGCUGAUUGUAAACAAGCCAGCAUUGCUAACUGUGCAGAGUGUCUGGUACUCGUUGUAAACAAACGGAGGUCGCUAACUAAACACAUACUGCUGCAGCACAUACAUACUAUGCUAUCUGCUAUCUGUGCUGCCUAUUAGCACUGUGCUGCUGCUGCUCUGUCGCAUGUCACUAUCCACCCAUCUCGUUCCGCGACGCUGGACUGCACUAUGAAGGGGCAGAAUAUCACGCCUCCGCUGGAUCACUAUGAACGCCCUAAGGCGAAAAGCUGGCACAGAUGUGUCUAGCAAUAUUGCGGGACAUUUGCGGGACCACACUAUGAAUGGGGCAAUAGAGACAGACAAUCACGCUCUUAAUCACACCUAGGGGCAAUUUAGAGUCACCAAUUAAACCUACAGUAAGUGUAGGCUUUUGGACUGUGGGAGGAAGCUGGAGUACCCGGUGAGAACCCAAGCUGACACAGGGAGAACAUGCAAACUCCACACAGAAGAGCCGCUCAACAGGUGACCCUCUUGCUGUUAGGCAAGAGUGCUAACCACUUCACCACCGUGCAGCCCUCUCUCCAUAACAGACAAUUGUUAUUACAUUUGGUCUGCAGUUAUGUGUCAUUUUUCCUAUUUAUGAUGUACAAUUUCAUAGUAAGUAAGUACAUAGUAGUUACUGGCUCUGGGGAACCAGAUAUUAUUUUUUAAAGUAAAAAAUAUAUAUAUAAUUUUCUGGGUACCUAUUCUAUUAUUACAGGUGUUAGUACUUUUGCUCUUGUUUUAGUCAGCUACAAGAUAUCUACAGAGUAUAUGGGCUGUAAUCUAAAGCACUGUGAGUUGUCCCUGCCAAGCCAGGGCUGGAAUCCAACCUGUGCCACUGAAUUAAAGAUAACUAGAGUCUAAGUGGGAAAUUCUAUUGUUGUAUUGUAAACCCUUUAUCCCUUAUUCCAUAACUUCACAUCUUGCUCCCCAGUGCCUACAGAUACAUAUUAGUAGAUAUUCCAUUAGCGUACAAAAGAAUACACUCUAACUCCAGUAUUUACACUAUGUUUGGUCUAUAUGUGAAGGUAACAAUUUAGAUUACAGCCUACCUCAACAAAAAACAUUGAUGUACAUUUUAUGAUUCCAUUGAGUUUUCUAAAAAAAAAAAAUUAAAAAUUGCUUUUUAAAAAUGUUUUAUGUUCAAACAGAGCUGCUGCCCUUAAUUUGACAGUUAAAUGAAUUUAAAUUCAUAUGGAGUGGGGAGAUACAUUUUUAAUGAGAUGAUUUUUCAUGUAAGGUUUGAAACCUGACUUAGCACAUUUUAUGAGACAAUCAUGUAAGGAAUAAGUGAAGGUUCUCACCAGACAUGUAAUGUUUUUACCCAACAAAAAAUAAAUACAAUGAGUCUUAUUUUUAACCUUGGGAUUUUAUCUAAAUUUAAACAUGCUUGAUCAUCACUAUCCAUGAGUUUUAACUGUACCUGUAGGUUUGACUGUUCAUUUAUGUCAGUAUAUGCUGAAAGAUUCUGAUGCUGAGUAAAAAAAGAGUGCCGUUUCAAAGCACAAUACAAAAAUCAUGCUAAUUCCAAAAGAAAAGUGAAUAUGUACAGAAACAGAAGAGGUUGUUUGUCAUUUUAAGUGAACUGUUGGUUUCCUGAUAAAAACAUAUUUGAGAUGAAAUGCACAAAAGAUAAAAUGCCAUUUGACAAUGUAUUAUUAUUAUGUAUAGCAUAAUGAAUGAAUUUUCAGUUCACAUUGUUUUAGCUUCUCUGGGUCUUAACUUUUAAAACACAGUGUGUUUUAUUUGCUGCUUUAUUUCAUUUAUUUUAGUUUAUGUUAUUUUUUCAGGGUACAGCUCCACAAACAAGACGGUUUGCUGCUUUUAUUUGUCAUGAGUGACAGUAAAUUAAAAAUCUUUAAUUUUUGGUCUGUCAGUCAGAUCAAACAAGCCAAUAAUGUCAUCACUGUGGGCUUUGAGAAAUUGUAAAUGCUAUUUUUUCACAUAAAAAUAAACAUUUUAUAGACUAAACUAUUCAUGUAGAAAAUACUUGUGUGUUUGUGUAUAUAUUUAUAUAUAUCUACGUUGAGCAUAACAUGUCCGACUGCAUCUGAAGGCACCAUCUUCCCUUUCAAACGCGGCGAUCUUUU